AUGGAUGAAGAUCGCAUCUCGGAGAGGUCUUGGGAUGCUCUCGCUGAGCGAAGCCUUCCCGCAUAUAUGCAGGAAACCUCCUCGAGUGGAAGAUUCACCUCGCGAAGACGUAUGCUUAGUCGAAAUCGGAAAUCCCUGACGGUCCGUUACGGUGACGACGACGCUGUCGACGUCGACGACGACGAUAGCGAUGACGAUGAUGAAAUUCAACGUGCCCAGCCUGUACCAUCUUCCACCACCCCUAUUUUUAUCCCCGUACCUGCGACGGCGACAGUCACUAUCACUGCUGCAGCUGCUGCGGCUACUCCAGAACGAGACUGCUACCUCAAGGACCAAGCUUCAACCACCAGUCAGGAUGCAGAUGCUUGUAAGAAGUACCAUUCGUCACCAUCGAACGAUCACUACCAAAGUUCGGCCUUGCAGACAGGUGCUGAGAAAGCAGGCCUGGUCGUCGGGUUAACAGUUGGACUUUCGAUGAUUGUGUGUCUGAUUGUCUUUCUGACGUUACGACGGAAGUACCGACCGGGUUUCACUCUCUGGUCGUGUCUCACUCGACGGAAGAGGUCAUCUGAAUUCGACGACCGCAAAUGGGCUCCAUUGGGCGAUGGCGGGGAUGGAGCAGUCUGGCCCGACAAAUCCAAAGCUCGACCGGUGACGAUGACCGUACAAGAGUUGGAUGCUGGGUUGGUAGAGACAGUUGCAAGAAAGCCGUCCUUACGUGAGCGUGACUCAGAAUCGAAUACGGUGACGGCGUCUGAGAAAGCUACUGAGAAUACAACGCGCCCCGCUCAGGCGCGUCUUACGAUUGAAACCCGGAGUUCCGGGUCCUGGAGGACAGAGAACGAAAAGGAGCUCCUCGAUCUGAUGCGAGAAAGUGAGUCUGAAUCCGACCCUCCGCCAACAGCCAAGACGAGAAGGCCAUGGAUGUCGUAUUUCUCCUGGAGCACGGCCCCGACGACCCCUGCAUGCUCCUCCAACCGGGAGACCAUGAUGACGGAUGACAGCGAGCCCCCUCGCUUCCGGUCCAUAUCCAGCUGGGUGAACUACCAAAGCGAGCGGCAGCAGCGACAGCGCCAGCGCCAGACGAGCGGAGUGGUGUUGCUGCCGCCGCCGAUCGUCGAGAGGCGCAUUUUAACCAAUCCUAACCCUAAGCCCAACUAUAUACAUAACAAGAGUCAUCAUCAACCUCAACUCAAAAUACUUAACCCACUUUAUGUACAUACAUACUACUCUGUACCUAAGUACAGUAAGGACUGUCCUCUUUACUGGUAUAGUAAAGUAACUACGGAUUAUUAUGGAGAGAAAGAGAGAGAGAGUUCUCCAGUUUUGGUAGGCAGGCAGGCAGCAAAGUACUCCGUACGUACUAAUAAGGGGUUUGUUACCUACCUUAGACCUAUCUACCUAUCAAGGUACCUUAGUGAACGAGCACAGCAACAGCACGGACUCAAUACGUAUGCUUACUUAAAGAGUGUGUUACAUGUGCUGGCUUCAUCUGAUCUUGUUCAAGGAACGACAAAGCUUGGAAGUCAGUCCUUAGAAGUCGCCAAAUCAGAGGUGAUGGUGCAAUGUCUGUCAUUCGAGCUUUACUCCAUAGUGGAUUCCAUGCCUUAUCGAGUAAAUGGUCAACGUCGUAGAAUACCUCGCAAUGGAUGUGAGAACAGAUUACCGCAAAUGGCAUAUUUUGGUCCAAAGAGAGCAAUAUUGAGAAACGCCACCAGAUUGGCUGCCGUAGAUAACGAGUGCUGCAGAGCCAGCAACUAUCGAGUACCUCUGUGCAAGCCUCAGGUCGAGUCACACUUAGUGCUUGGUGUCCAUAGAAUGGAUUUUGAAUCUGCAACCCCAUCUUUGCUCGAUUGA